GUCGAGGUGCUGUCUGAUGAAGAAGAGGAUGAAGAUGAUGAAGUUGUAUCAUCAGUUGAUGAUAAAUACAAACCUGCAUCCUUAGAAAAAAUGAUCACUCUCAUAGCACUCUUAGUUGAAAAGUCUCGUGAUGAAGAACGAUUGCAAUUGUCUCAUAAUGAUUUUAAUGCUGUUGCUGGAGGAAAGGGAUUUCCUUUUCUUUAUCAACAAAUCAGAGAUGGAAUCAAUUUGAGGCAAACUUGUAAUCUUAUCUUCAGUUUGUGUCGUUGGAAUGAUGCUCUAGCUGUGAUGAUCAUAAAUAUGAUGUUUACAGCUAUUACAAAGCAACAUGAAAUGAGUGCUCCUUUCUUUAAAUUAUUGUCUAUGCUUGUGGAAUUUGUUAGUGGCCCCCCUGGUUUACCAUCCUUUACAAAUCUUAUAUUGCAAAGGAUAUGGGAAGCUGCUGAAUACUGCCCUCAACAAUGUAUGGAAUGGCUGACACUUCAAGUUCCCAGAAAUAAAAUAGCUCAUUCUUGGGUUUUGCAAAGCAUGGAUAGUUGGGUGGAACGAUUUCUUAUAGCUCAUAAUGUUCAGAGAGUUAGGAAUGUUGUUGCAUUACUUUUAGUAUCCCUUGUGCCAAGUAAUAAUUUUCGACAAGCUUAUCGAGCUGCUCGAAGUGUUUUGUUACCUCAUAAAGAGAUUGUUAUGGCUUCUGAUGCUAUAGAAGUUAUGCAUAAAAUUUAUGACUUGCUGUUACGGUUAUUGAAACGGGCAAAGAUGUAUGUAGAUCCUGCUGUCCAUGGAACUACAAAGUUAACUUCAUAUUUUGCUGUGAUGACAUAUUGCUUAGUCACUAAAACAGAAAAACUUAUGUUUAGUCCUUAUUUUCUUGAUUUGUGGAAUUUGUUUCAACCGAAAUUGUCUGAGCCUGCUAUACCAGUUCACAUGAAUAAACAGGCUUUGCUGUUGUUUUGGUAUCAUGUUUGUAUAGACUGUCCUGAAAAUGUUAAACUUAUUAUACAGAAUCCUCAUGUUACCAAAAAUAUAGCUUUUAAUUAUAUUUUAGCUGACCAUGAAGAUCAAGAAGUUAUAGUUUUCAAUCGAUGUAUGCUUCCAGCUUAUUAUGGUUUGUUACGGUUAUGUUGUCAACAGUCUCGUCCAUUCACACGUCAGCUUGCAAGUCAUCAAAAUAUACAAUGGGCUUUCAAAAACAUAACUCCUUAUACAACUCAAUAUAAUGCUGCUAUUAAUGAACUUUUCAAACUCAUGAGAUUAUUUGUAACAAAAUACAGUGAUGCAACAGAGCAAGAACUGCGUGAAAUUCACCAUUUCAAACGAACUACUCUUCGUUUAUACCUUGGUGUAUUAGAUGCUAGAGCUUGUUGGGCUACUUUAAUUAAUGUUCUUCGUAUUUUAGUUGAAACCACAGAUGACCGAAUUUUUGUUAUUUAUAACAAUGGAUUACCAUUAUUAUUUCAGGCUUUUUAUACAUUACACAUGAUGUAUCAUGAAGCAACAGCUUGCCAUGUAACUGCUGACAUGGUAGAUUUAUUAGCUAUUGUACAAGAUCUUUUAAAAACAGCCAGAACAAACAGAGAUACCUUGAAUUACGACAGUGGUUGGGCCACAUGGAAAGACCAGCCGGAUAUUAUGAGAAAAUUGCUCACAUUACUCAAUUCUUUUACCCCUCCAGAGUUACGGCAAAUAUGUAUAGAAGUUCUGCAAGAGAUGGUUUUACUGUAUCCAAAUGAAAGUUUGUCAACAUUAGUGCCUCUUCUAGCAGGCUGCCAUGCUACUUUUCAAGAAAGUAAUUCACCAGGCAGUACAGGACCAUUUUUUCCUAGAAGAGGGCAGAAAUUAUUGCCAUCUAAAACUAGUAUACGGCCACCCAGACCUGUUGUUCAGAUGUUUUUGCAUGUCAGUCAACUAGAAUCUUCUAAAGGUGUUGAUGAAGAUUAUGACCAUCAACUGAUUGAUUUUUACUUACCUUAUCAUCAAUUAGUGGAUAUGUUAUGUAGAGUGGCAAUCUCUAAUGAGUGCAUAACGGCAGAUCUAGUGAGUCUUAGUGCAAUGCUUGCUAUUGAAGGAGUACCUCUUCACUUACCAGUAUUUCCAAAAUUAUGGUUAGACAUAAUUCAUUCAGAUGUUGGGCGAGAAUUCAUUCAGCUUUUAUGCAAUAGCAGUUAUUUUAUUGAUUACUUAGAGUCUGUUCUAUUAGAUGAACGAACUUGUCUGAAUCAUCCUCUAAUAUUUCAGUUGUUUUCUGUAUUACUACCUAAGGUUUCAAACCAAGUUAUUAAUGACCAAAUGUUAACUCAUGUGUCAGCACUCAUGUCUACUUUUGCAAAAACAUAUGAAGCAGCAGAUAUAUCUAAGCAUGCAUAUAAAUUAAAUGCAGAUUUAAGAGCUUUAUGUUUAGUCUUCUCAGUGGAGCAGCCAUCUGAAGUUCCUAAAGAAUUUAAGAAAACUGUAAAUAAUAUUAUUGAAAAUUGCAGUCAGUUAGUAAAAAGUGAAAAUUGCAAUUCAGCAAACUGUAAAGAUGAAAAGGAUAUCAGCCAAGAUGGUGAUAUUCAAGUUAAAUCUCUUGAUAACAAUAAAGAUGAGAACCAGUCACCAACCACAUCAACAGAAGGUCAGCCAACAAAAAGGCAGCGUUUAAGUUCUUCAGAAAAAGAUAGUUCUCCAAUAAAAAUUGAAAAUAGUAGUCCUAGUAAACCAUUUGAUGAAAAGAAAUUUUUUCAGCCUGGAGAACAUUGUGAUCCUUUUCUGAUACCGGCCAUUUCAUCAUCAUCAUCUCCCCGAUGGGUUGAAAUGCUUCAUAAGUCUGCUUUGACAUUAAAUUCUCUUCUUCAAGGAAACAGCUGAAAAUAACAAGGUAUAGAACAAGAAUAAAUUUAUUGUCGCAGAAAGAGUUCAAUGCUCAGAGUGACAAGUUAUAUAUCUGUGAUCUCAAGCUACCACCAUUCCAAACUAAAAUUUAAAAAAUUUGGAGUAGCUUGACUUUCUGUCCUAUAAAGUAUAUAGUUGGUUACAGACUUAAGGGGAUGUCCCUAUGCCAAAGAACUCGCAUCUGUUUCAACAUCACAAGAGUGUUAGCAUGUGCUGAUAAGUGUUGUGCAGCAAAGACUGUUUAGAACCAGACUGCACUUUCACUCUUUAUCUCUAGACAUAGGAGAGUGUAAAAAUUGCUUGUAAAUUCAAAUUUUUGUCGUUUUACAAUCACCAGCUAUAAAAAUGUUUUUAUCAUGUCUUGGUGAUUUAUGUAAGAUAUAAGGCAAACAGACUGAUAUUAUGAAUAUACUAUUUCAUUUUAAUGUUAAAUGUAAAAUAUAUGUGAAUUUUAAUUUGAAGAGUCAUUUAGAACUUGUUUGAUCAAGAAUCAAAUCUGUACACAUCAUGUAAAAAAAAAGUAUAACACCUAGUUGACUACGAUUUAACUCAAGUGCUCAGAAAAAUUAUCUAGGGUAUUAUUUUACACUUUGGAAUUCCUAGAUCUUUCAAAAAUUUUAUUGCAUGUUUCAAAGAGUUACUUUCAAAUAUUUCAUUUGUUCCAAAACAAAUUAUACCUACGAUAAAAUAUUUGGUUGCCAUUU